AUGUACCGUACUGCAGAUGGUACUUGUAAUAAUCUACGUAAUUCAAAAUGGGGAAGCGCCUUUAUACCCAUGAGACGAUUUCAACCACCAGAAUACGCCGAUGGUGUAUCAGAGCCCCGCACAACCAGUGUAGAUGGUUCUCAAUUACCCAGUGCUCGGCUGGUUAGUCGAGAGGUACAUGAGACGGAUAGAGGUCAGCAAGAAAUGUCAUCAUUAACUCACAUGUUGAUGCAGUGGGGUCAGUUUGUAGAUCAUGAUAUAACUAGUGCUCCACAUCAAACAGAUCCCCAAAGAAAGGGAAUAAACGUCUAUAAAAUAUACCAUAAGCACGUGUCUGUUUCUCUCUUUAGGGAAGCCUGUUUUCCAAUCGAUGUGCCGCCAGGUGAUCGCAAAUUCCGGUUUACAUCUUGUUUAAAUUUCGUAAGAAGUUUACAGACCACCGAUGCCAAUUGCAGAACAGAACCCGUUGAACAGUUAAAUCAGAUUACAGCCUAUUUGGAUGGUUCCAUGGUCUAUGGUUCGUCCCAGGAGGAACAAAACAAUCUACGAGCAUUUAGUGGAGGACGAUUGAAAGUAUCUGAUCACGAUUUACUACCUGAAGAUCGUGAAGAAUCCUGCGUUAAGACUCGAGCAAGAGAUUUCUGUUUCAAAGCAGGUGAUGGACGUGUGAAUGAACAGAUGGGUUUGGCCAGUCUUCAUACGGUAUGGAUGCGAGAACACAACCGUAUUGCUGAUGAACUGGUUAAAUUAAACCCCAGUUGGUCUGAUGACAAAGUGUUUCAAGAAGCCAGGAAGAUUGUAGGGGCUCUCAUCCAGCAUAUUACAUUUACAGAAUGGUUACCUAUUAUACUGAACGAGGAAUAUAUGGGCAAUAACAAUCUCUUUGUUAAACCACGAGGAUUUUACGAUCCAUACAACCCCAACAUGGACGCCAGUAUCAGGAACGUUUUCGCUACUGCUGCGUUCAGAUUUGGUCACUCGCUGGUCAAUACAUUUUUCUCUCAGCUCUCUCAAGGAUUUCGGGACAAUGGUCGUCAUUUGAUUAAAGAGGCUUUCGGACGAACAGCUCAUAUUCUAGCCAACAAUGGUGAAGGUGUGAAUACUUAUAUUAGAGGUAUGUUGAUUGAUCGACCACAGAAAGGAGAUCGGUUCAUAACCACCCAGCUGACAGACCAUCUUUUUGAAGAUACGUUUGGUAAGAGUCUGGAUCUAGCGUCGUUGAAUAUCCAAAGAGGUCGAGACCAUGGACUUCCUGGUUAUAAUGUAUGGAGAAAUUGGUGUGGUCUGUCAACUUCUAAUAGCUUCCAAGGGAUGCAAGGUUUACAACAAGGUGCUGCUCAGAAAUUCUCUUCCUUGUACAGGUUUACUGACGAUGUAGACGUAUUUCCCGGAGGUCUAUCAGAGAUAAAUAUUCCUGGAGGUAUGGUCGGGUCAACCUUCGCUUGUAUUAUAGCUAAUCAAUUCCGGGCCAUCCGAGAGGGCGACAGAUUCUGGUAUGAGAGACCCGAGAAAACAGGCUUCACUGAAGCUCAGCUUAAUUCUAUCAAAAGAACUGGGUUAUCGAGAGUUUUGUGUGCCAACACCAACAUCCAAAAGAUUCAACCAAAUGCCUUCUGGCAACCUACACAAAGAAAGCCGCUUGAGCCAUGUGAAAGUUACCCGGAUGUAGAUCUAACAUUGUGGGUUGAAGGUAACGAGAACGGAAACGGUAGAAAUUCUAAUGGCGGAAAUAUCGUACCACAACCCCAUUGGUCAAUGUGGGGGAAAUGGUCAGAAUGUAGGAACGGAAUUAGAAGGAAAAUGCGAGUGUGUUUGAACGGGAACUCGUGUCAAGGUCGUGGCAGUUCCAGCAAGCAAUGUAUUGCAAAUGGUAACCAAGGUCAAGGCACCCAAGGUCAAGAUCAAGGUGGAUGGUCGGCGUGGUCAGCAUGGAGUGACUGCUACCAGAGUAAACAGUGGAGAUGGAGACAAUGUUAUGGAGUGCCCACAUUCUGUGUGGGGCCCAGUGCCUCAUCUCGAGCUUGUGGCACCUCUAGACAUAUUCCAAAAUAUUGUCAGGUUCCAUUCUUUAGGUCCUCUGGAAUUUGCGACAGUUUCUUUUAA